CUGAGGUCUGAGGGUAACAAUGAGAAACGACUGGGGUGUCCGCUGCUAAAUUGAGAAUCAGAGGCAGAAUAAGCUGCCGCAGCUUGGGCCUCUGGUAAUUGAGUUUAUCAGCAAGACUGGAAUCGAAGUGGAAAUUUAGCCAAUUAGCAAAAACAAUUUUGCCACAACCCAUAACUACAUAUAGGUAGCUUCCUCGUACAGACUUAUUCCAUCCAACUUACAAUGGCGUCCAAAGAUCCUCCACCAUCUUUGGAGAUACUAGUUCGGACGCCCGAUAGCUUCUCAAUCUGGGGUGGACCUCCCUUUCCCAAUGCUCAACCUGGUGUCAAGCUUGACAAAGUCUCUUGUUUGAAUGCGAAAUUCUGUGAUAAUGGGUCUAGACUUAUGGUCAUGAAGACUAACUCUGUUAUUACGGUAUAUGAUUGCGCAAACUUUCAAGAGAUUAGAUCCUUUGAGAUACCUAAUGUUGCUGCUGCCGUCUUGUCCCCUUGUGGGACUUAUUUGCUGACCUUUCAAAAACCCUCGGCUCCCCAAGACAAGAAUGUGACUUUACGGAAGACUGAGACUGGGAAUUCUGUUUAUCAGCACUCCCAAAAGAACAUGACAAAAACCACAUGGCCCUCGAUUCAGUUUAGCUCUGAUGAAGCUGUUGCAUGCCGGAUGGCAACCAAUGAAGUUCAAUUUUUUGACGCGGGUGAUUUCUCUAAAGGAAUUAUAUAUCGAUUGAAAGUUCCAGGAGUUGCUGCAAUUGAGCUUUCUAAGACCCCUGGAUCUCAUGUAGCUGUAUUAGUUCCGGAGUCCAAGGGGGUUCCUGCUAGUGUGCAGAUAUUUGCUUGUGACAAAGAUUCUCAAAGUCAACCUAUUGCCCGACGAAAUUUUUUUCGAUGCUCAACUGUCCAGUUUAAUUGGAAUCAUGGAUCUUCUGGACUUCUAGUGGUGGUGCAAUCGGAUGUUGAUAAAACCAAUCAGAGUUACUAUGGAGAAUCCAAGUUAUGCUACCUGACAACUGAUGGGACUCAAGAAACAGUUGUGGCUCUGCGUAAAGAGGGACCUGUUCAUGAUGCCCAUUGGUCAUGUUCUGGCUUGGAAUUCGGUGUUCUAUAUGGUUUUAUGCCUGCUUCUGCAACUGUAUUUAACAAGAAGGGCAGACCCAUACUUGAGCUUGGCAGUGGUCCUUACAAUACAAUUCGAUGGAACCCGAAGGGCAAGUUCUUAGUUUUGGCUGGCUUUGGUAACCUACCUGGUGAUAUGGAAUUCUGGGAUUACGCAGAGUUAAAAAAGAUUCGAAAAACAAAGGCUGAAUGGUCUGUGACUAGUGAAUGGUCGCCUGAUGGAUGCUAUUUCAUGACGGCCACAACAGCUCCAAGGCUUCAAGUUGAUAAUGGGGUCAAGGUUUUCAAUUAUGAUGGGUCAUUGUACUUCGAGAAGAAGUUUGACAAGUUGUUUCAGGCUGACUGGAAACCAGAGUCACCAAAUAAGUUUGGUGACAUUGCUGAAUUAAUCAAAUCUCUGGGCACAGUGAAAAUUGAAGAUAGCAAACGACCAGCUCAAGGGCCAACGACAACCAAAGCUGCUUACUGCCCUCCACAUGCCAAGAAGGCAGCCGCUAUUCAAGCAGAGUUGUUAGGAAUGGACCCCACAGAAUCAAGCAACAUGAGCAAGAACGCGUUACGAAACAAGAAAAAGAGGGAGCGACAAAGAGAGAAAAAGUCUGCUGAAGCUGCUGGUUCUUCAUGAUUGAAUCAUUCUGAACAAUUCUGUUGUGCACAAACGCCUGAAAACUGCUUCAAGCUAGAGACAAAUUUCCUUUAAUUAACAAUGUGGCAGCGAGGUUCAGACAGUUUUACCCCUGCCUUGUUUGAAGUUUCGGUUUCUGUUAACUCUGCUUAUGUUUCUUUCCUUCGGGUAAUAGAAUAAUGAGAAUAGAAGAUAAAUGCUGUUUUAUUUAUGUUUCUUUGGGGAAUCCUAUUUGUAAGAUUCAUUUAUGUGAUUAAUCUAAAAUAUAAGAGGUACAAGGAAUAGUACUCUUAGCGGGGACGAGCGUGACUUGUUUCAGAAUUUGUGGAGCCUGUAUUUAUUGGAAAAUUAGUAUUUUUGUCUUUA